CUGAGACCUGCAAAGAUUCCUGCAUGAAUAGUGUGACCGAGGAGCCAGGGAUGUCGCGGAAUGUUCCAGGAAGCAGCUUUACCAACACCUAUCUGGCCGGAUCACCGGAUGAUUUCCAAGUAGAGAAUAUGCCGCUCAUUAAGAUCAAGCAGGAAGGUUCUCCCACCAGUGUUCCGGCUCCGCUCUAUACGGUGGAAAUGGACGGGACUUCUGACCAUCUACGCAUGCAGGAAGCUUUACAACUUGUGUGCAAGAAACGAGGAAGAGCAGUGAAAGGAUUCAGCAGAGACCCGGAACAAAGUACUACCGAGCUAAACCAAGUCACUAAAACCCUCCUGCUAGCCGGUGCCGGCAACACCAAGAUCCUAACCACCAGUGAUCAGUGUAAGACGUACUUGGGCUUGGCAAUGGCUAACCUCCCUCCGAAGAAACCUUUCCAGUGUCAGCGUUGUGAGAAGAGUUUUAACUGCAGAUCGCACCUCAUCAUGCACCAACGCGUGCACACACGGGAGAGGCCAUACGUGUGCGAGUGCGGGAAGUCCUUUACGCAGAGCUCCAAUUUGUUCCGCCAUCAGCGCAGCCACCGACAUCAUAGACAGCAUGUUAGUGUUCAAAGUUUUUCCUGUCCUCAGUGUGAGAAGGACUUCCCUAACCUGCCCCGCCUCAUCUCUCAUCAGAACUCUCAGCAUGGUGCCGGGGAUUCCUUAUUGGAUGUGCAGUGA